AUGCGUGCCCUCAAGCUGAGCAGUCAGUCAACAAGGGUCCCUCAGUUUCACCACUUCACCGAAUUCCUCCUGGUGUGGAAAAUGCUUUGUUACCUGCACAAUACAGGAGAACACACACUGAAGAAAAAUCUUACAAGUGUAAUGACUGUGGGAAGGCUUUUAGCAAAAGAUCAAACCUCACAAAUCACAAGAGAAUUCAUUCCGGACAGAGACCUUACAGAUGUAAUCAGUGUGACAAAGCCUUUAACCACCAGUCACACCUCACAACACAUCAUAGAGUGCAUACAGGAGAGAGAGAAUAUAAAUGUGAUGUAUGUGGCAAGGUCUUUAGUCGAAAUGCACGUCUUGCAAAUCAUCAGAGAAUGCAUACUGGAGAGAAACCUUACAAAUGUGAUGAGUGUGGCAAAGCCCUUACAAGACAUUCAUAUCUUACUCAACAUAAAACAAUCCAUACUGGAGAAAAACCUUACAAAUGUGAUGAGUGUGGCAAAGCUUAUACCCAGUUUGCAAGCCUAA